AUGUUGAAGGACCAGUUGGAUCGAACCAAGGUGGUGCUACGGCACUUGCCGCCUUCGAUUUCGCAAACUUCACUUGUGGAACAAAUCGACGUUUUCUUUUCUGGCCGCUACAACUGGGUCGCUUUCCGUCCCGGGAAGAGAAGCCAAAAGAAUCCGUCAUAUUCUAGAGCCUACAUUGAUUUGAAGAGGCCAGAGGAUGUUAUUGAGUUUGCUGAAUUCUUUGAUGGUCAUCUGUUUGUUAAUGAGAAGGGCAGUCAAUUUAAAGUUAUUGUUGAGUAUGCUCCUUCACAACGCGUUCCAAAACAGUGGUCUAAGAAGGAUGGUCGUGAAGGAACCAUAUUCAGAGAUCCCGAGUAUCUGGAGUUUCUUGAAUUUCUUGCAAAGCCUGCUGAGAAUCUUCCUAGUGCGGAGAUACAAUUGGAGAGAAGAGAAGCAGAGCGUUCUGGUGCUGGAAAGGAUGCUCCCAUAGUUACACCAUUAAUGGACUUUGUUCGUCAGAAAAGGGCUUCCAAGGCUGGAUCUCGGAGGUCACUGACUAAUGGUAAAACGAGCAGAAGAGCUGGUGGACCAUCAUCUAGAAGUCCAAGUUUAGCGACGAGCAAACGAGGUUCUGAGAGGAAAAGAAAUUCUGCCACAAUGUAUGUUUUGAGGGAUGCUAGAAAGAACACCAGUGCCAAAGACAAGUCAACUUACAUUCUGGUACCCAAGCGCGAUGAUCAGCAACCUUCUGAAAAGUCUGUCACUUUGGCAUCUGCAGCUGGAACUCACGUUUUGGAAGAGGAGAGUGGAGUUUCUGGUGCUGAUGCUGUGAAAAAGAAAAUCCUGCUUCUGAAAGGGAAAGAGAGGGAGAUAUCUCAUGUUCCGGCGAACAUGUCACAGCAGCAGAGUUCAUCUGCUAAAAACAUGGGUGGUACAAUUGCACUGAAACAAAACCUGCGCCGUCAAGAAAAUGGGAGGAUUAUAAGAGGAAUACUUCUAAACAAGGAUGCACGUCAAAGUCAGUCUUCUGGGAUUUACUCUGCACAACAAAUCCAGACUUCGAAUUCAGAUAGGGACAAACGACCUCCUCGGUCCCAACAUGUGCAAUUGAUUUUAAAGGAUACAAAUGGCGCUCCAGAUUAUAAUAUUGUUGGGAAUGACUUGCAUGGUAUUUGUAGCGAGAAGCAGGAGAAACGGAUAAGGAAUAAGGAGAGACCUGAUCGUGUUGUAUGGACUCCUCUAAAUCGUUUAGAUGGAUCAUCUGCAAGUGAUGAGUCUUUGUCAUCUGCAUUUCAACCUGCUCACUCAUUGCUAGAUUCUUCAGAAGGAAGUCGUGGAGAUAUGAGAUUUGACACAUCAAAUUAUCUGAUUGGGGAAAACCAAGGCUCCCAUAAACAUCAUGGUCGCCGAGGAACAACACAUGGUGUUAAGGAUCUUGAUGGCUCACCGGUUGCAGUUGAAGGAAAACAUUCAAAAAGAGGCUAUGGCUCCCAUGAGAAACAAGUGUGGGUUCAGAAGUCAAGUUCUGGUUCUUAA